UAGGCCUAGGUCAUCGUGUAAAAAUUCAAAGCAACAUAAGCACAAUAUUUCCUCAAUGUCUGUUCUGCAUGGAUGGUAAGGCUGCAGCAGCACCCAGAAGUGAACAAAGCGACCCGGAAGCGGUGGUCCGACUGGAGGCAGACAGAAAGAACAUCAAGCUUUUAUAUUAUAGCUACUCGCAAGACAAUAUCUGCAAUCAGGACACAAGGAUGGCAGAGCCUCGAUUUAACAACCCGUAUUUCUGGCCGCCACCUCCAUCAAUGCCAGGCCAGCUGGAUAACCUGGUGCUCAUUAACAAGAUCAAGGAGCAGCUGAUGGCUGAGAAGAAGCCCCUACACCUGCCACCUACCUCCACACCUUCCCAGCAGACGUUGCUGGUGCCAACCUCUUCCCCCGAUGGAAGUGCUCAGCACAGCAUGCCGGUGCUGAAGCCGCAGCAGCUGUCGGGCCACCACAUUCAGCAGCAGGGCUCCGGACAGCCGGACAUCGCUCUGCAUGCUCGCCCUGCCUCCAGCUCUGGACAAGAUGGAAACAUGGAUGACAAGUCAGCAGUUAAGGCCAAAGGACUGUGGGAGGACUGGCACAUGAGACAGCUCAGCGAGCAACAUGGACGGCUCAACCAUCGAUCAGGCCUGGCUCCCUCUUCCCGACCUGAAAGCCAUGGCACCUCUGAGGCACUAACCCCCACAACCCCAACCUCCAGCAGCCACAACCGUCUGGGUGGCACCCCCUCUGUGAACAUCAUCUCUGGGCUAGCUAGCGGUCCUGGCAUGGACCACAUGAAAGUUGGAGUGGCUGGACUAUUGGGCCCCCCACCAAAAGCACCCCGGGGACGAAAGAAGAUCAAAGCAGAAAACUCAUCUGGUCCUCUGCUUGUGGUGCCCUAUCCCAUCCUAGCUGACCAAGGCUGUGUCACUAUUGCACCCAAAGAGGGCAAAACCUACAGAUGCAAAGUGUGCCCGCUCACCUUCUUAACCAAGUCUGAGAUGCAGAUUCACUCCAAGUCCCACACGGAGGCCAAAGCACACAAGUGUCCCCACUGCUCCAAGACAUUCGCCAACGCCUCCUACCUGUCCCAGCACCUGCGCAUCCACCUGGGGAUCAAACCCUACCACUGCUCAUACUGCGAGAACUCGUUCCGUCAGCUGUCACACCUUCAGCAGCACACCAGAAUCCACACUGGUGAUAGGCCUUAUAAAUGUGCUCACCCUGGAUGUGAAAAGGCUUUUACCCAGCUGUCUAACCUCCAGUCUCACCAGAGGCAGCACAAUAAAGACAAGCCGUAUAAAUGUCCUAACUGCUACCGUGCCUACUCAGACUCCGCAUCAUUGCAGAUCCACUUGUCAGCGCACGCCAUCAAAAACGCUAAGGCCUACUGCUGUAGCAUGUGUGGAAGGGCAUACACCUCAGAGACCUACCUUAUGAAGCACAUGUCCAAACACACGGUGGUGGAGCACCUAGUAAGCCACCAGUCGCCUCAAAGGACAGAGUCUCCCAGCAUCCCCAUUCGCAUCUCCCUCAUCUGAGCUCCCCAGCCACUCAGCAGCAGGUUGGAUUCAGUAUCUAUGUAAGGCCGGUGUAUGAGGACUGCACCCAGAGCCAUCUACAUAAGGCUUACAUUAGCAUUAUAACCGCUGACAUAAGCAUUCAGUAUAUAGGCUGCCUCCAUCCAUCCCCACACAGGCCGUCUGUCAAAAAUGAGCACAGCGUUAUUUUGUGAAUGUAAAAAAUACAGCUAGAUGUUUCUGGAGGAUCAAGUGGCAAAGAAUGUCUUGCGUCAGAUUUAAUAAGCACUUUUUCGUAAGCAUCAUAUAAACUGCUGGAUGCAUUGGCCAUUAGAAAUAUUUAAGUUAGUUUUUUUUUUCUUCCCCUCUUCCAUGAAAUGGUUUCCCAAAAAUGUGCCAGAUGAUAUUUGCCCUUAAAGGUCCCAUAUUAUGCUUUUUCUGGUUUUAUAUGCCCUUUAGUGUGUUUUCCAAGUGUCCUGUGCAUGUU